AUGGAAUUAUCUAACCGAAUUGCAAAUGAACCAUUCAUUCGUGUGCAUCUCGAUCAUUUUUCUGUUGGAAAACAAAUUCAACCAUUGGAAAAUAUUAGAUUAAGCGUUGAUACAGCCGAUCCACCACAAUUUUUAUUGAAUCGACCAAAAUUUACACCAUAUAAUGACAGGGCUAACGGUUUAUAUUUUACGACAAGUACUAAACAAGGCUAUCAAAUAACUAUAACUAUUUAUAUUGAUGAUGACAAAACGAAUUAUAUUUAUCAAACUAAAAUUGAAGAUUUAAUUCGACAUGUUGAUAAAAUUAUUCGAGAAUAUCGAUUCACAGAUGGAGGUCAUGCAUGGAUGUCAAUUGAAUUGACUAGUAAAUUGAAAAUAAUAAAAAUUAUAGAAAAAAAAAAACGUUUUGAUUUUAUUGUUAGUACCAAAGAUUUAAAACCUGAAAAUAUUCUUUUAAUGCAAAAUGGUCGCAUAAAAUUAACAGAUUUUAGUCUUUCUAAACAGUUGAUUUAUAGAACAGAAACAACACGUACAUUUUGUGGUACAGCUGCAUAUAUAGCACCAGAAAUCUAUCAAAACAUAAAUUAUAGUUUUCCUAUUGAUUACUGGUCUUUGAGUAUAACGAUCUAUGAAAUGAUCCUAUUUGACACUCUAUUUAAUGGCGUCGAUGAAUUGGAAAUAAAAGAAAAUGUAAUCUAUAGAGAUUUCCAAUAUCCAAAUACUAUUUCAUCUGAUCUUCAAACAAUUUUAACUGGGUUAUUAAAUAAAAAUCCAAUAGAACGUUUUGGUAUAAAUGAACUUAGGACAAGGAAUUUUUAUUCAUCUCCAUAUUCAUUAGAAGAUAUUGAACAAGAAAGAUUACCAUGUCCAUGGAACAAACCAAUUCCUUCUAAUCCUCUACUAAAGAAACGUUUAGCAACAGAAGAAAUAUGUCUAUCAUAUAUUGAUAAAGAAGCAAUAUGUACGACACUUACUAUAAAUAAUGAUAAAUUUCGCAAUUUUUCAUUUAUUGAUCCUUCAUUAAAACUAUGA